AUAUCUUUUCUUUCUACACAAAGAAGAUUGUAUAUAUCUGUUUAUAAAUUCCUUCAAAGUUGGGGUUUUUAAAGAUUCCCAUUUCCAAACUUUUCUUUCUAAACAAAACCCAGAAACCAGAGUUUGAAUUAUAACUAGUAUUUUGAAUUGUGGGUGUGUUUUGUAAAGAUGGAAAAAGCAGUUCUUGAUAGUAUAAUUCGUAGGUUGCUUGAAGUAAAAGGAAGACCUGGUAAACAAGUACAGCUUACUGAACCUGAAAUUAAACAACUUUGUGUUGUUUCAAGAGAUAUUUUCUUGAAACAGCCUAAUUUGUUGGACCUUGAAGCACCCAUCAAGAUUUGUGGUGACAUCCACGGUCAAUAUUCUGAUCUUUUGCGCCUUUUCGAAUACGGUGGAUUACCUCCUCGUGCUAAUUACUUAUUUCUUGGUGAUUAUGUUGACCGAGGGAAACAAAGCCUUGAGACAAUAUGCCUUCUCCUUGCCUACAAAAUAAAAUACCCGAAUAACUUCUUCCUUUUGCGUGGAAACCAUGAAUGCGCAUCUAUAAACCGUAUAUAUGGAUUCUAUGAUGAAUGUAAAAGAAGAUACAAUGUUAAAUUAUGGAAGACGUUCUCAGAUUGCUUCAAUUGCUUACCUGUGGCGGCUCUUGUUGACGAAAAGAUUUUGUGCAUGCAUGGUGGCCUUUCACCCGACCUCAGUAGUUUGGAUCAAAUUAGAAAUCUGAGGCGUCCUACUGAUGUACCAGAUGGUGGUUUGCUUUGUGACCUUCUCUGGUCAGAUCCGUGUAAAGAUGUCAAAGGAUGGGGAAUGAAUGAUCGUGGAGUUUCGUAUACUUUUGGUGCUGAUAUUGUAACUGCGUUUCUUCAGAAACAUGACCUUGAUCUUGUAUGCCGUGCUCAUCAGGUUGUAGAGGAUGGAUAUGAAUUCUUUGCAAACCGUCAACUUGUAACUGUGUUUUCUGCACCAAAUUAUUGUGGGGAAUUUGAUAAUGCUGGUGCAAUGAUGAGUGUUGAUGACACUCUUAUGUGCUCCUUCCAAAUACUAAAACCUGCAGAGAAGAAGUCAAAGUUCAACCCUGCGAUCAGUUUCUUUGGCAGCACAACUACAGCUAAACCUGGAAACACUCCACCGGGUAUAAAGCCUUAUAUGGGAGCUCGCGUUUGAGAGUCAGCAUGAAUUGAACCAUGCAACUUAUUGAAGGCUAACAUUCGAGAUAUAUGAAGGGGGAAUAAUUUUUUACUUUUUGAUGAGGUAAAGUCAGGGUUGUGGUAAAAUGAAAUGUUUUUACUUGUUGAUUGUUGUAUUGUAGUUCUAUGGAGUAUAUGUAUAUGGCCCGAUUGCUAACCCUAUAACUGAAAAUCUUAUUGACCCAUUCCUUGAUAAAUUACCGGGACAAAUAAAACGGAGUUGGUGUA